UCACAACAACAGAAAAGAACCGAUCGCAACAACAGAAAAGAACCGAUCACAACAACAGAAAAGAACCGAUCGCAACAACAGAAAAGAACCGAUCACAACAACAGAAAAGAACCGAUCACAACAACAUAAAAGAACCGAUCACAACAACAGAAAAGAACCGAUUCAUCCGCACUCAUCAUGGAGUCCGGAUUCACAACAUGAUAUAUAAAGAGCGAAACGGAAGGGGAGCUUUACACUAUAACACAGUCCCAUUUUUAUAUAUAUAUAUAUUUUUUUUCUCCCAUAUAGUUUACACGUCGGCAAAAGAUAAACAUGUGAGAGAGAAAAAAGGAGAGUAAAAGAAAGAAGAACGGACUAGAAAGGCAGGACUUGAAGGUUUGUUAUGUUUGUCUGGACCAAGGAGGAGGAAAAGUACACAGGGAAAGAUACGAUUCAUCAAUCGAGUUCGGUAACUAGACAGUGCCAUACUGAUCCCCUUGGUAACGGGAACAGAACCGUUUUCUUUCUACCUCAUCCGUGAUGACCGAGGUGGGAGUGAAGUGGGCCUGCGACUACUGCACCUAUGAGAACUGGCCGUCCGCUGUGAAGUGCACCAUGUGUCGUGCACAGUGUCCCAGCAGCCCCAUAAUCACAAAGGAGACCUACAAUAGCAGCCCCAGCAGUCUUAGUACGGAGCCUAGUUGUGGAUGGCAGGACCCUCCAAGCCCCGAGGGAAGCUGUGGUAGCCUCCUCAUCUACCCAGACUCCAGUGCCAGGCCCCGUGUCAAGCCCCCCAGCAUGGCUGAGAAUAGCUCCAAAUGGUCCUGUCAGAUGUGCACCUACUUGAACUGGCCCCGUGCCAUCCGCUGUACCCAGUGUCUGUGUCAGCGGCACCAGAGGACCCCAUGCAGCCCCACAGAGGCCCCCCAGACAUCAGGCUCCAAUGUGGGCCACCGCCCAGCCCCUCCCCCCAUGGACCCUUGUACAGAGGAGUACAACGACCGGAACAGACUCAACAGACUCAACAUCCGAGGUGGUGGUGGUGGCAGUGGGCAGCACUGGACUUGCACUGCCUGUACUUACCAGAACUAUCCCAAGACGCGGAAGUGCAUUGUCUGCGACCACCCACAGCCUCAACCUAACAACCGGGAGGCUAUUCCUAUAGAGCUGGCUGGGCAGUCCGAGGAGUCUCCCUCCUCCACAUCCUCAAUCAUCAAUGAACAGGACAGAGACUGGGCCAGGUGGAGAGGGAGUGGGGGGAGCUGCAGUAGAGGGCUGAGCGGGGGACAGAGACAGGGACUGGGACAGAGGAUGACAUCUCCACCCACCUCAAAGAAGGAGGCGGAGGUAAAGAUGGACUUCCAGAGGAUUGAGCUGGCGGCCGGCGCGAUGGGCAGCGGAGAGGAGCAGCAUCGUCAUCCGGAGAACAUUGAUUUGAAGAAGACCAAACAGAUCAAGAACAGGAUGAGGAAAACGGACUGGCUGUUCCUUAAUGCUUGUGCAGGUGUGGUGGAGGGGAACAUGGCUGCUGUCGAGGCCUACAAGUCGUCCGGUGGUGACAUCGCCCGUCAGCUGACUUCAGACGAGGUCCGUCUCCUGAACCGCGCCACUGCCUUCAACGAUGGCUUUACGCUAGUUCACCUGGCCAUCCGCUUCCAGAGACAAGACAUGUUGGCCAUCCUUCUCACUGAGGUGUCCCAGCAGGCAGCUAAGUGUAUCCCUGCCAUGGUGUGUGGUGAGCUGACAGAACAGAUCCGCAGGGAGAUCGCUGCCUCUCUGCACCAACGUAAAGGAGACUUCAACUGUUACUUCCUCUCUGACCUGGUGACCUUCACACUGCCCGCAGGUGACCGACCUGCCCUGUCCUUACUGUACAUCUUGCUGUUUGUCCUCAGUCCCAAUUUCAAGUUGUUCUGUAUCUAA